UAUAUUGUUCUAUUUUUUAUACCAUUUCCUUAAAAUUAUCAGUGUUUACAUUUGGUACUUAAAGUAUUAUUUGGUCUAAAUAAUAAUUGAGUGUUUUUUUUAAGUCGGAAUAUUGCGUAAUUUUAUCAAAACAAUGAUGAAGAAAGUAUUUUGCAUCAUCGUAUUCCUUCUCUCUUUAGUUUAUAAAUCGUCAUGUAUCCACUGUUACUACUGUAACAGUGCCAACAAUUCUGCGUGUAUCGACCUGGCUGCCCUGGAUGACGAGCUCCGCGGCCGGAUGAUCCCAGUGGUACAGUGCGAGACCGCCAUCCCCAGCCCCGUCGCCGUCAACUUCUUCUGCAGGAAGAUUGUUCAGACCAUCUUCCACAGUCGUCAGGACUCGGAGGUGCGCGUGACUCGCGGUUGUGGCUGGGUCCGACACCACCGCGAGUGCUAUAGAGCCGACAACAGCGACCACCUCGAGACUGUAUGCCAGUGCUUCACAGACCAUUGCAACAGUAGUGACAAGAUAGACCCCGCUACCAACGUCGCCCUGUUCUUAUUGUUAGCUAGUGUUCUGUACUUCGUACGUUAAUUAGUUUGUCAUCAUACAGAGUGUUAGUGACAUCGUAACGAAAACUUUGUACGAUUCAAACCAUGAUUCUGAGUAUGGAAAAGUAUGUAACUGAAAAUCUCAGUAUUCAGUACGAUGUCACUACAGCCUGUAUACAUACCAUUAUACUUGCUAGUAAAAUGUAUUGAAAUUA